CGCAACCAGAUACGUCCCUAUCCAACAGAUCGUCAACCAGCAUCUCAGCAGUCUUCAAGGCCAUGGUCAAAUCCUAGCUCCAAGACAGAGGGAUGGGAUUUCAAGAGGAAAACGGGAGCAUGCUUCGCCUGUGGUAAAUUCGGGCAUUGGAGGUUCGAAUGCAGGGAGCUGGCAUCAAGCAGAGAAGCAAGAAAUGAAAAGUAGGUGUAAGGACCGCCGUUAAGGAAGAGAUGAAGCGAGCUCAAGUUACGUCAUCAAAGUUCAUCCAACUGGCAGAACAGAUGUCAUCGCAUAUCAUUAAAUCGAGAAGCGAAAACACAAACAAGAAGUAUUUCGCAGCAUUUAACCGAUGGGAUCUAUUCAUCAGUGCAGAAGGAGGGAAUUCUCUUCCAGCUGAAUCUAUUCACGUCGCCCUAUAUGUGACUCAUCUUAUUGACAAAGGACAUUCAUCGAGUGUCAUAGAAGGUGCUGUAUACGCCAUUAAGUGGGCUCAUAGUCUUAGAGGGUUCAGGGAUCCCAAAGACAAUUGUUUUGUAAAGAAUUUGUUGGAAUCUGCCAAACGGCAAUGCAAGAAAAAAGUAAACAAGAAAGAUCCAGUUACUUCAGAUCAAGUUAAAGAGCUAUGUAAGAAGCAUGUUCAUACAGAGGACGCAAUUUUGCUCAGAGACUUAACAUUAUUAAUUUUGUGUUUCACGGGGUUUCUUAGAUAUGAUGAAGCAAGAUCUUUGAAGUGUAAUGAUGUGUCAAUUUAUGAUGAUUAUAUUUCUCUUAAUAUUGCUAAGAGUAAGACAGAUCAGUAUAGACAAGGUAAAAGUGUAGUCAUUAGUGCCGGUGUGACAGAAGCUUGUCCGGUCAAAAUGGUAAAGAAGUAUAUCAAUGUGGCUCGGAUUUCUAAUUUAGAUUCCAAUCAUUUUUUCUUUAAACCGGCAUACAGGUCUAAAGGAGUUAGUGCGCUUAUAAGGAAAGACAAACCUUUAAGUUACACGACAGCUAGAGAGAGGGUAAUUUCUUUGUUGAAAGAAGUAUGUGGGGAUGCAAAUCUCGGAUUGCAUUCACUGAGGGCAGGUGGAGCCACUAUGGUUGCUAAUACAUCAACUAAAGACAGAUUGUGGAAAAUACAUGGUCGUUGGAAGACAGAUAAAGCGAAGGAUGGAUAUGUUGUAGAUACAUUAGAUAAUAAACUUGAGGUGACAAAAUCCUUAAUGCUUUAGGCAUAUUAUGAAUGUUUUCCAUCAUAGGAAACGUGUUUAUUUUGAAUGUGGAGUAUGAAUUGUCUUGGAAAAACAGAUAUAAUGUCCGACAAUAUGUUUUUUUUUAUUAAAGAAGAGUAAUGAAAGAAAGGAAAGAGUAAUCGUUAUAUGAAUUCAUGUAAUACAUUUUUUCUGCAAAUAACGGUUAAGUGAUUAUGUUUUGUUAAAUAAUCAGAAAGGGAUAUUCGACAAAAAGGAUAUUCAAGAAAGAUGAUCAUUUAAAUCUUGAGACGGAUUAAAUUGGAAUAGAUUGUUAAAUAUUUUUUUGUUAAAUUGUUCAGUGUGCUACAAGGAAAUGCACCCGUUCUUUUUUACAUCUAGGUCGGUCUGGCAGGCUUUUCCAUAAAGAUUGUUAUUGAUGUAAUCUGUGAGUCAUUAACUGAGUAAUGAAGGAUGAGAAUAUACUUGUAUUUUCCUGCGGUACAACGUAUAGCAGGAAAGUGUUGUAUAUGCGGAUCCGUUUAAUGAUUACGUAAUGGGAGUGGCGAGACGCCACGAUUCCGCGAAGCGGGAUGGUUUGAAUAACUUAGGCAGGUGUAAGUUAUUGUAUUGAGAAGGAAAGGAAUGUUCAGAAAGGCAUAAUAAGAGAGGGAAAUGGGCGUGGUAGCCAUUCUAGCUUUGUCAGACACUAGAUACACGACACAAAUUUCAAGUGGAAAUUUUAAUACAGAACAAUAGUUUGGUGUUUGUUUUUGUAGGAGGUUUAGAGAUUCAAAUAGAUUAUUUUUAUUGGGACGAUUUGCCAUUAGGUUUUUCCAGAGCAUUUGCCUUAUUUAGUUUAUCUCUGGUUUUUUCAACCUAGGGAAUCGGUCCGGGCGUGGGGAAAAAAUGCAAAGCCCCAUGCAGGUUAGGGAUCAAAAUUAAUAUUUUAUUCUAUACAAUGUCAGUAUAUAUUGAGGUGUGAACGUUGACGAUUGAGAUUGAAAUUAUGCAAUGUUAACAAUAUUUACACUUGAUAUUUUCAAAAUCAAGAAUGAGUUAAAAAAUUGAAAUUAUUUUGAUGUUCAAAAUGAUAUAAUAACAAAGAUUGUUCAUGAUUGUUCAAAAAGAUACAAUUCGAAUAAAAGCUGGCUUGGUCGGUCUGGCAGGCUUUUCCAUAAA